CCAAGAGAAAUUUCACUACAAUUAAAAGGCAACAUCCUUCUCUAAUCUCUUCUUUGCUCUUGCGUGCGUGGAUCUUCUCUAAUUUCUUCUUUUGCUCGUGUGUGUGGAUUUAUAUCGAUGGCACUCGUAGAGCUUUUGCUUUGCGUCAUUGGAGGAUUGGUUGCUCAUCAACUCUGCAAAUAUCUGCCAAAAUUGAUUGAACGCAGAGUGGUCAAGACAAUCUGUCUCUAUGGAUUUCCUUCUGUUGAGAAUCCAGAAGACAUAAAAGAAUUUCUGGAGGAACAUACAGGAGAAGGAACCGUUUAUGCUGUGGAGGUUGCACUGCCCAAAAGUUCAGGUUCAAGAACAUAUGCUAAAGUUCAAUUCACUGACAAAAAGGCUGCCGAAACCAUCAAAUCAUUAGCUAAUGAUUACCUGUGGUAUGGGAAUUCUUAUCUGAAAGCUCGGGAUGCCGACCAUGAUAUUGUUCCAAUGCCAAGGGACUUUGAGCAAUGUAUAGAUAACGUUACAUUGAACUUUGGAUGCCAGAUUUCCAAGGAAACAUUCUCUCUUCUGUGGAAAAAGGAAAAUGUUUCAGUUAAAUUUGGGUUUAGACUCAGAAAAUUCUACUUCUUUUUCUCCUUUCUUUCCACUGAUUACAAGCUUGAGCUUUCCUACGAGAAUAUUUGGCAUGUUGAUCUACAUCGUCCUCGUGGUGGAACCAAAAACUUUCUUCUCAUUCAGUUAUAUGGUGCUCCCAAGAUUUAUGAGAAAGACACACCUGCUCUGAGCUAUUUUAAGGAAGCUACUGAUGACAAGUGGGUGCGGGAAGUUGAUUUUACUCCAUCCUGCUGCAUUGGGCAGUCCUCUGCUUUGUGCUUGGAGCUUCCACGAAGGGGUCAACUUCCAAAUUUUCGGGAAAAUUUUGUAUACUACAAAGAAAAUGAAAGGCAAUUCAAUCUGGUGACAGGUUCAGCUUUCUCUUGCAACUCAGAUCUUGUCCCGAUUGUAAGUUCACCCCACGGAUUCCACUUGCCAUAUGAAAUCUUGUUUAAAGUUAAUUCUUUAGCCCAGCAUGGCUGUCUUCCUGGGCCUGCACUUGAUGUGAAUUUCUUUCGGUUGGUUGAUCCAGACCGAGUAGACAUUGCAUACAUAGAACAUGCCCUUGAGAAACUGCGCCAUUUGAAUGAGCGCUGCUAUGAUCCUGUAAGGUGGCUCCGUAAGCAGUACACAAAAUACCAUACUUCUGGCAGGCUUCCAGAACCACCUGUUGUUGCUUUAGAUGAUGGGUUGGUAUACGUACACAGGGUUCAAAUAACCCCUGCUAAAGUAUAUUUCUGCGGUCCAGAAGUGAUCCUCUCCAAUCGUGUUUUGCGCAAUUAUCCUGACGAUAUCAAAAAUUUUCUUCGCGUUUCAUUUGUUGAUGAGGAUCUAGGUAGACUUUAUUCAAAAAAUUUAUCUCCUAGAACAUCUUCUGUCAAGGAGGAAAGGCGAACCAGAGUUUAUGCAAGGAUACUGUCAACACUGAGAAAUGGUAUAAUCAUUGGAGAUAAGAAGUUCGAGUUUCUUGGCUUUUCACCGAGUCAAUUACGAGAACAUUCUAUGUGGAUGUUUGCUUCUAGGCCGGGGCUUACUGCAGAGGACAUCAGAAAGUGGAUGGGAGAUUUUCGUGAAAUAAAGAAUGUGGCUAAGUAUGCUGCUAGGCUUGGCCAAUCUUUCAGUUCAUCAAGGGAAACAUUCAAUGUUUAUAGGCAUGAAAUUGAAAUUAUUCCUGAUAUAGAAGUUAACAGUGAUGGAGUCAGCUAUGUAUUCUCUGAUGGAAUUGGAAAAAUUUCUUCAGAAUUGGCUCAUAGCAUAGCCCAAAAACUUGGCUUCAGAAACUAUACUCCAUCAGCUUUUCAGAUUAGAUAUGGUGGCUAUAAGGGUGUUGUAGCCGUUGAUCCAACUUCACCAAAGAAGUUGUCACUGAGAAAGAGUAUGUCCAAGUACAAAUCCAACAACACUAGCCUAGAUGUUCUAGGAUGGAGCAAGUAUCAAGCUUGUUUCCUUAAUCGUGAAGUGAUCACUCUUUUGUCUACUCUUGGGGUCAAGGAUCGUGUUUUCGAGAAGAAGCAAAAAGAGGCUGUAGCUCAACUUGAUGCUAUUUUGACAGAUCCAUUAAAGGCACAGGGUACACUUGAGAUGAUGGCCCCGGAAGAGAACACCAACAUUCUCAAGGAAAUGUUCUUGUGUGGUUACAAACCAAGCACAGAGCCAUUUCUUUCAAUGAUGCUGCAGACAUUCCGUGCUGCAAAAUUGUUUGAUUUGAGGACCAAAACAAGGAUAUUUCUUCCGAAAGGCAGAGUAAUGAUGGGAUGUCUGGACGAAACUGGGACGCUGAAAUAUGGUCAAGUAUUUGUGCAGUACUCUUGUGCAGGGAAUAGGCAGUUCUUCAGCUGCAAUGAAACAGAUCAACACAGUCUGAUCUUCCAGGGGAAGGUCAUUGUCGCAAAAAAUCCAUGUCUACAUCCUGGAGAUGUUCGUGUCUUGAAGGCUGUGGAUGUGCCUGCUUUACACCACAUGGUGGACUGCAUUGUUUUUCCACAGAAAGGAAAGAGACCUCAUACAAAUGAAUGCUCGGGAAGUGAUCUUGACGGAGAUGUCUACUUUGUUUGUUGGGACCCUGAUCUUAUUCCUCGUUGGUCGUACCCACCCAUGGAUUAUACAGCAGCCAAAAGUGUGAUUCAGGAUCAUGAUGUUACAAUUGAGGAAGUCCAGAAGUACUUCGCUGAAUACAUACUUAAUGACAGCUUAGGAAUCAUUUGCCAUGCCCACAUUGUCUUUGCUGAUAAGGAGCCUUCCAAGGCAAGGAGUAAAGAAUGUAUUGACCUAGCUAAGCUUUCCUCGAUUGCAGUUGAUUUCCCCAAGACUGGUGUGCCAGCCAAAAUUCCGCCACAUCUUCGCGUGAAGGAGUAUCCAGACUUCAUGGAAAAGCCUGAUAAACCAGAAUAUGAAUCGCAGCGCGUCAUUGGGAAGCUUUUUCGAGCUGUAAAGGACAUCGCACCUAACAUUAGCCCUACAAGAUCCUUCACCAGGGAAGUGGCAAGGCAGUGUUAUGAUCCUGAUAUGGAAGUAGAAGGGCAUAUGCAUUAUAUAGAUGAUGCAUUCUACUACAAAAGUCAAUAUGACAACAAAUUGGGGAAUAUGAUGGAUUAUUAUGGGAUAAAAACAGAGGCUGAAAUAAUCAGUGGAUGGAUCAUAAAAACAUGGAAAUCAUUCGACAAGAAAAGGGAUUUCGAUGCGAUUAUGUUUUCUGUAAGGUCAUUGAGGAAUCAAGCAAGAGCCUGGUUCAAUGAGACAGAAAGUGAUGAUUUAUAUGCGAAAGCAUCAGCUUGGUACUAUGUGACAUACCAUCCAAGUUACUGGGGCAGGUAUAAUAAAGAGUUGAAUAGAGAUCAUUUCCUGAGUUUCCCUUGGUGUGUCCACGACAAGCUUAUUGAGAUUAAGAAAAGCAAAGCGAGUGAUGGUCGUAACAGUAUUUCUUCAAGUUUGUCAUCAUUGGCAAACCAGUUCAGUAACUCGGUGUCACUGAAUUGGUACUCAGAGAUUGAGGACUAGAUGGGAUCUUUAGAUCCUUUCUAUCCAUCUGCUCUAAGCAUAGAAUUAGAAUCACCUAAGAAUGUGAUGUUUUUUUAAUUGUUGUAAGAUGAAACUUGUUAUUAGUUUCAAAGUGUGUGCUUUUUAAUUAUUGUAGGGCUUGAAAAGGAUGUGAUUGGUAUUGGAAACUGAGUUCUUUGUUUAUCAAUUAUUUGUUUUAUA